CCGUUAAAACCAACCAGAAAUUGACCGUCUACCCUCUUUUGAUGCGCACUUCACACCAGGCCUUUGAUAGCAGAAAAUAAACCAAAGCUUUGGCCUUCUUUUCCCUAAUUUAUCCGUAAUUUUCAUUUCCCUUUCAUUUCACAUCCUCUUGAAAAUUUCCCCCAAUUCUCUAUCAAGUCACAACCCCACCAAAAAAACCCCUGAUUUUCAUCAUGGAUUUCUUCAAAUCAGUUUUCGCGGACGAUCCAGAUCCUCCUAAACGCCAAUCCGAAUCUGGUUUCCCCAAAGCCGAAGACUGUGUCGUCGAUUCCCCUCCUAAACAGCCCGAUCCCAAUCCUAAUCCUAACCCUACCGGAUGGAGCUUCGGCGGUCUAAUCAAAACGAUCACAACCAGAUCCGAAUCCGUAAUCGAAACCUACCGUCGCGAUCUCAAGGAAUUCGGUUCGGGUCUAAAAAAAGAAAUCGAGGUGGCGCAGGGCUCGUUAGAGAACGUAGGGCACGUGAUUGACGAGUUCGGGAACUCCGUCUUAAAAGGAACGGCACAGAUCAUCAAUCAAGGCAAGGAUGUUGUCCUAGCCGCCGAUAACGAAUCCGAUUCCUCUUCCUCCGAAAGCACUAGUAAAACUUUUACUACUCAACGGGGUUUGAACUCGAAACGGUACAGUCGAUUUGAUGCUCACGUGAGGGCAAUUCAGGGAGAUACUAAUACUUUCAGUGAAGCGCCGGAGGAUUUGGAGGAUUAUAAGAAGUGGAAAUCAGGGUUUGGUUUGGAAGAUAAGAAGGAAGAGAUUGAGAGAUUGAUGGAAGAGAACGGGGAGCUGAGGAGAAUUUAUAAAAGGGUUGUUGGUGUUUCAAAUGGGGUUGAUCAUGAGACAUUUUGGUGUAGGUACUUUUACAAAGUUUUUAAGCUGAAGCAAGCUGAGGAUAUGAGGGUUAAGCUUGUUAAGAGAGCGAUUUCAAGGGAAGAAGAGGAGGAGUUGAGUUGGGAUGUCGAUGACGAUGAAGAUGAGGAGGAAGAAGAGGUAAAUGAGAGAAAUGUGGGGUCGGACGCCUCUGUAAAGAAAGAUGAUGUGGGAAGGAAACGAAAAGAUGAAAUUGUGGAACUGAAGGCAGUGAAUGUGGAAUCUAAAGGUGAAUUUUCGGAGAAUAAGGAGCAAGCUGAGAAGGAAAAGGAAAGGAAUCCUGUUGAGGAAUUGCGAGUUGAGAGUUAUGAUUCAGAUAAAGAGGGGAAGGGGAGUGCUGAUCAAUCAAGUGUCGGCAGUGUGGUGACUGAGAAAGUUAAUUUGGAGAAGGAUGAAGAGGUAUGCAAGGAAGAUUCAGUGUCGAAAUCUGUUGAGAAAGUAGCUUCUGAAGGGAAAGGUGAUAAUGCGGAGUCUAGUAAUGGCAAUGGUAAAGACAGUGACUUUUCGGUGGUAUCAAGCCAUCCAUCAAUGCCUGAGGAGGAGGAUCUUGGGUGGGAUGAAAUCGAGGAUCUCAGCAGCAUUGAUGAUAAGAGAGAGACUCAUGGUGGGAGCCCGAGCUCCAGAGCUGAUCUGAGAAAGCGACUAAGUACUGCGGAAGAAGAUGAGGAUUUGAGCUGGGAUAUUGAAGAUGAUGAUGAAACGGUUAAAGCUUAAUGAAAAAUGUUAAGUUUCUUCUGAAAAUGUUGAAGUUUAUUACUCAAUAGAAUUUAUUGCAUUCUAAGUAUUCCUUGUGUUUAUCCCCUGUUAAGUGUUAUAUAGUGGGGAGGAUUCAUUUUCCUUUUUUUUUUUUUUUCAAGUACAAUAUCUUCUAUGAUUGUGUACUUUUAACACUUAAUUGAAAUGAAAUGGAAGUUGCUAUGUUGAUAGU